AUGGCACGAGUACUACGCUUUGUUGCUAACUGCCGUCUCAAAUCGCAACACAAGCCGAGUUACAUUGGCCCUUUCACGAACGGAGAACUCCUCGCCGCUGAAUCUCGGCUGAUACAUAUCGCACAGCAAGACGAGUACUCGCGAGAACUCCACACUCUACAAACCACUGAGCUGCUCCCCAAAUCCAAUGCGUUACACAAGCUCCUUCCGUGGAUUGACGACCGCGGGAUUAUGCGAAUGAGGACACGGAUUGCCGCGUGUCAGUACGCAACCGAGGAUGCCAAAAGUCCCAUCAUCCUCCCAAGAAACCAUGUGAAUCACGAAACAGUGAUCAACGAGCUGCGCCAAAAGUACCAGAUCGCUCGUCUGCGGACAUGCUACGCCCAAGUUCGCCGGAACUGCCAGCGAUGCAAAAAUGAACGGGCUGUGCCGAACAUUCCAGUUAUGGCCGAUCUACCUCCCGGCCGCCUAGAAGCAUUUUCAAGGCCAUUCACGCACGUUGGCAUCGAUUACUUCGGUCCUAUCGAAGUUGUUGUUGGCAGACGGCACGAGAAGCGCUGGGGAAUGUUGGCGACAUGCUUGACCACCCGAGCGAUACAUAUCGAGCUCGUCAACUCACUCAGCACCGACUCUUGCAUCAUGGCGAUCCGGAAUUUCGUCGCUCGUCGUGGUCAGCCUCGCAAGAUCUACAGCGAUCGCGGUACAAAUUUCGUCGGGGCGAACCGGGAACUCCAGAGACUUCAAACUGUGAUCAACUACGACGAAAUGAUGCGAGAGUUUACGACUGAGGAGACCGAGUGGGUAUUCAAUCCUCCACUAGCACCGCACAUGGGCGGUAGCUGGGAGCGGCUAAUACGUACCGUAAAAAGCAAUCUUAUGGCAAUCUGUUCUACAAAGACGCUCACAGACGAAGUCCUGCGAAAUCUGCUCGCCGAGGUUGAAAACGUCGUAAACUCUCGGCCUCUUACGCACGUUCCGCUAGACAACGAUUCCGCCCCAGCCCUCACCCCAAACCACUUCCUGCUCGGUUCAUCCUGUGGCUCGAAACCGCUGGUCAACUUGGAUGACAGUGCCCGUACUCUGCAGCAGAACAUGACCACUUCACAGAUCCUGGCAAACAGGUAUUGGAAACGUUGGGUAGCCGACUACCUUCCAGAGAUCACCCGCCGAUCGAAGUGGUUCCAGCCUGUAAAACCUAUCGCUACUGGAGAUGUCGUCAUCAUCGUCGAUCCGAGGACACCACGGAACUGUUGGUCAAAAGAAAGGGUCAUCGCAACGACACCCAGCCGAGACGGUCACACGCGAUCAGCGACCGUGCAGACAACCACCGGAAUCUACGAGCGUCCCACAGCAAAGAUGGCGGUUCUAGAUGUCCAGCGCGUGGAGCAAUGUAAAAAGCAUCCGGCGCACCAGGACUGGAGAGAUGAUACUGAAGAAGGAGACGACCGACCUUCUACCAGGCAUAAGCUGAUAUUAGACGAAAAAGUGCUGGUGGCAAAAGUGCAGGUGGGAGCCCUAACGGUGAAGGCGACUCUCCAGUGCAAAAACCUGGACGAGAUCACCGACCCAGAAAAGCUUGCAGCCGCACUUAAACAGCAGUGCGAGGUAGAUGCACCAAGUGCAUCGAUCCACCUGCGAAAGGGUCCAGCAGGCACGCAGAUCACUACGAUCGAGCUCCCCGUAGAGGAGGUGAACAACAAAGCAACUGCAAUCGGCAAGAUCAGAGUAGGCUGGUAG